AAAAGAUGUCCCAUGAAUAAGGGUCAUUGUCCCAUUUCCCACUGAGAAAGGUCAUAUAGAUGGGAAUAGAAUAUGGAAAAAAAAGGAAGACAUUGCCAUUGGGGACCAAGAUCUUCAACUUGGGUCCUUCCACUGAUUCCUUGCCACUUUGAGGAAAGUGCAGUUUCUACUUUCUAUAUGAUCUUGCUUCUUCUCAACAACCCUCCCACUCUUGCACUUGUUGACACAACCUCCCUUCACAUUCCCACCACUCUUCUUCCGCCGCCGCCAUGGCCGUGUCUGCUUCUUCCUCCAUCUUUUCAUUCUCACCGAACCCGAAUCCCGUUCCAAUUCCAAACCUCACACCGUUCAAACCCUGUCACAUACCUUUCAUCAAACACCUCAAAUGCAUCCGAACCCAUCAUCAAACUCCUUACAAGCCCAACCCAUUUUCGUGCCACGCUCUCGCUUCCGAGACCGCCGAGCUCGCUGUCCCGUCCAAGCUCCGGCGCCUGGCGGAGGAGUUUCGCUCCCUGCCGGAGCCGGUGGAGCGGGUGAAGCGGCUGCUGCACUACGCGGGGCUGAUGGCGCCGAUGGAGGAGGUAACCCGGGUCGACGCGAACCGGGUCAUGGGGUGCACGGCGCGGGUGUGGGUGGAGGUGAGGAUUGACGCGGAAGGGAAGGUGAGGCUGGCGGCGGAUAGUGACUCCGAGAUCACGAGGGGGUUCUGCGCGUGUUUGGUUUCAGUGCUUGAUGGGUCGGAGCCGGAGGAGGUUCUGGAGGUGAAAACGGAUGAUUUGUUGGCUUUGAAUGUUGGGUUUCCGAGUACGAGUCGUUCAAGGGUGAAUACAUGGCAUAACGUUCUGGUUACCAUGCAGAAGAGGGUGAAGCAGUUGGUGGCUGAGAGAGAAGGGAAGGUGCCGUUUGAGGCUUUUCCUUCAUUGGUUGUUUCUGUUGAUGGGGUUCUUCCAAAGGGCAGCUACGCUGAAGCACAGGCAAAAUACCUGUUCCCUAAUGAGUCAAAAGUUAAUGAGCUAGUCAGUGUGCUGAAGGAGAAGAAAAUUGGUGUUGUUGCGCACUUUUACAUGGAUCCUGAAGUCCAAGGCAUUUUAACUGCUGCUCAGAAGCUGUGGCCACAUAUCCAUAUAUCUGAUUCACUGGUCAUGGCAGAUUCAGCAGUCAAGAUGGCAAAAGCUGGAUGCCAAUUCAUAACAGUGCUAGGUGUGGAUUUUAUGUCAGAAAACGUGCGCGCCAUCCUUGAUCAAGCUGGUUUUAAUGAGGUCGGUGUGUAUCGGAUGUCCAAUGAUCUAAUUGGCUGUUCUCUGGCUGAUGCUGCAGCUACUCCGACUUAUAUGGAGUAUCUUGAAGGAGCUUCUAGGUCUACUUCUUUGCAUGUCACGUACAUUAACACUACGUUAGAGACAAAGGCAUAUGCUCAUGAGAUUGUUCCAACAAUAACUUGUACUUCAUCAAAUGUUGUCCAGACUAUUCUACAGGCAUUUGCUCAAGUGCCAGAUUUAAACGUAUGGUAUGGGCCUGAUUCUUACAUGGGUGCAAAUGUCGUAGAAUUGUUCCGACAAAUGACAAAAAUGACUGAUGAAGAGGUUACUGCCUUACAUCCUGAGCACAGUGUUGACUCAAUUAGAUCAUUGCUACCACGACUUCACUAUUUUCAGGAUGGGACAUGCAUUGUUCAUCAUCUAUUUGGCAAUGAAGUUGUGGAGAAGAUAAAAGAAAUGUAUUGUGAUGCAUUCCUUACUGCCCAUCUUGAGGUACCUGGAGAGAUGUUUUCAUUGGCAAUGGAAGCAAAGAGAAGGGGAAUGGGCGUAGUAGGCUCCACACAGAAUAUUUUGGAUUUCAUUAAAGAUAGAGUUCAGGAAGCUUUGGAUAGAAACAUCAAUGACCAUCUCCAGUUCAUUUUAGGAACAGAAUCAGGGAUGGUGACUUCAAUUGUGGCAGCAGUUCGAAGUUUGUUGGAGCCUGCAAAAUCCUCUCCUCAAGGAGCAAAAGUUACAGUUGAAAUAGUCUUUCCAGUUUCAUCUGAAUCAAUCUCAACAACAACAACCUCAAGUCUCAAUCCUGCUGGAAUGGGUGAUAUCAUACUUCCUGUUUUACCAGGAACAGCUAGCGGAGAAGGUUGUUCCAUUCAUGGUGGCUGCGCAUCUUGUCCAUACAUGAAGAUGAAUUCUCUCAGCUCACUGUUGAAAGUUUGCCGACAGCUACCGGAUAAAGAAAAUAACCUUUCUGCGUACAAGGCAGAGCGAUUUCAGGUGCGGACUCCAAAUGGAAAAUCAGUGGCAGAUGUCGGAUGUGAACCAAUUCUGCACAUGAGGAACUUCCAGGCUAGUAAAAAGCUUCCAGAGAAGCUGGUUGAUCAGAUCCUUCAUGCCAAAUAAAGUGGAAGGUCGAUGUGAUCAACUUGAGAAAUAAUGUUAUUGCAGACAGAUUUUUGCUGCUGUCUUGUGAGCAAUUCCAAGAAGUUGCAACAAAUGGCAAUCGUUGCUACAGCCAGAUUUUGUUGUAUGGUAGUUUCCCUUCCCAUAGGGUCAGGGAGCUCCUUAUAUUGAAUAUUUAGAUAGGAUUACUAAUCAGCUAUAAAGCCUGAUACUUGAUACGACACAACAUGGAUACAAGGACAUGGAGAAUUCUUUAAAUCUCAAGAUAUAUGUUCACUCUUACAUUCAUGAUAUACAUUCUUAGAUUGAACGGAAAAAAACUUGUACUUCAAUGCAAUUUAAUCACACCUAUACUUCUACUUCAAGUUCUUUUAUCAUUCAUGUGUAUAAAUUAACACUCAGACUCAAGUGUUAGUCAUUUAAGUUCUUAUUCACAUUUUCACGUCUGAA